UUUCUAUUAUAGUUUGCUGCAUGUUUGAAUAAUUUCAGAUAAAAAAUGUCGCUCGAUGAGGAUCCAAUGUUAACUAGUACAGAAGAAAGCCUAGUCAGGAUGAUGUGGGAUGAGGUAUUCUCCUCCUGGUUAAAUAUUGCUCUCGUCGCUGCAAUCUUCUUUCUCAUUUACAAGAUUUUAAGCCCCACAAAGGAACCUAGACCAGCUGAACCAGAGAGAGACCUACCUCCUCUAAAAAAACAGGAUAUGGAUUUGAAACAGCUGCGUGAGUAUGAUGGCAGUGACAAUGGAGGAAAGGGCCGAGUUUGUGUCGCUGUUAAUGGAAAAAUAUUUGAUGUUACCAGGGGCCGUAGAUUUUAUGGACCAGGGGGGCCUUACUCGGGCUUCGCGGGUAGGGACGCUUCCAGGGGCCUAGCUACCUUCAGUGUUGAACCAGUAUCUGACGAUUAUGAUGAUCUUUCUGAUCUAAAGCCCAGUGAACUAGAGCAGGUGAAGGAGUGGGAGCUGCAGUUUAAUGAGAAAUAUGAUUAUGUUGGACGACUUCUCAAACCCGGAGAAAUAAAAGGAUCGUAUUCGGACGAUGAAAGUGACAUAUCUGAAGUGGAUCACGACAAGAAGGAUUAGGGAUCACAUGGGAUCAUGAAAAUGGAUCUUAAAGAACCCUGCCUACACAUCUAAAUCUCGAGUGAAUGAAUGUACUGUUGAUUGAUUGAUUUAUUGAAGUAAUGUAUUUCUACGCCAGAUUUAGGCAUUUCAAUGAUAAAGAUAAUAUCUAUAAAAAAUUAAAUGGCAUUAUUUUUCUCUCCUGAAAUUAUUUUCAGGUUUGAUAUAAUACAAAUAUGUAUGAAAAUAAACAGAGCUUCACAAUUUAUUGUGAUUUCAGAGCUAUAAACUUUUGAAUAGACGCAGCUAAAAUAAACAAGAUUAAGAGUUUUCAUCUCUCAUUAGAAAUCUCCAAGGCAAAGGAUUUUCUAACGUAAUAAGAUUAAAGUAAGUUGAUUAGUUUCUUCAAUUCAAAAGUUGCUAACUUUGGUAUUGUAAAAUAUUUUUUUUAAAUUAUUUCAUUCCUUAAAUUAUGCGUAUUGCGUAUACUAGUAGUAUAUACUAGUUUGGCGCAUUCCUGUGCGCUGAACAAUGUCCAUACUAUGAAUGUAUUGUAUAUUAUACAUAAUUCUAAAUUUUUAAUUUUUCACUAAAGUAUAUAUUAUUUUUAUAUCUUUUGAUCAGCCUUAAUAUAAAAAAUUUAUAGUUCUAUUUAUAUAUGUAUCCUUUAAAACUGUUGUGAGGAGAAAAGUUAAUAAAUAUUUUAUUUUCAA